AGCGAGAGCGAGAGAGAGCCGCGAGUUCCGGAGUGUCGAGGCGACGCUAGAACCCCGUGAGCCGCAGGGGUGUGAACGCUGGUCCAGGAAUAGCUUUCGUUCGGUGUUUAGCGAGCGAUGGUGGUAGGGUUCCGGACGGCGCUUGCGGAGACUCUCUAUGGAGCGUGUCUGGAUGUAGGUGCCUGGAGCGAAAGAGUCGGCUGAGAGCAGUGCGGGAGGUGGAGGAGGAGGUGGAUCUCGAGUGGCUGUUGUGCGUGUGCUCCUCCAGCGGCCAUGUUAACGAAGAAACCGUGCGCUGCCGCCUUCCAGACCGGCAAAGGGAGCGAGUCUGCCCGCCAGGGACACUCUUCUUCCCCCGGAGUCGGCGCUGGGGGUCUGCGGGCUGCAGACGACAGCGACCCUCCAUCGCCCGGGACAUUACCGCCCCUGCGGAACAGCAACUCGAUGACGCUCGGAGCCUCCAAGCACACAAUGAAUGACCACUUGCACGUUGGUAACACACAGCAGAUCCAUGUUCAGCAGCUGUUUGAGGAGAACAGCAACAAGCGUGCGGUGCUGACAGCACAACCCAAUGGACUGGCCCCGGUGAACCGCUCCAGCCUUCCGGCACCGGACAGGCAGCAGGAGACUGCUCUCUCUCGACAGGGCAGCUCUUCAUCCCUCAAGUCGUCUGAUUGCAAGUCCAAGCCUAUCCCCCUGACCCCUGAGCAGGCCAUGAAGCAGUACAUGCCUAAGCUGACACCAUUUGAACACCAAGAGAUCUUCAGUUACCCAGAGAUCUUUUUCUUGGGUCCGAAUGCCAAGAAGCGGCCCGGUGUUGUUGGGGGCUCCAAUAACUGUGGCUAUGACGAUGACCAGGGCUCCUACAUUCACGUGCCUCAUGAUCACGUUGCUUAUCGCUAUGAGGUGCUAAAAGUCAUUGGCAAGGGUAGCUUCGGCCAGGUGGUGAAGGCUUACGACCAUAAGACGCAUCAGCUGGUGGCUCUUAAGAUGGUGAGGAACGAGAAGCGCUUUCACCGGCAAGCAGCAGAAGAGAUACGCAUUUUGGAGCACCUUCGCAAGCAGGACAAGGAUGCCACCAUGAAUGUUGUCCACAUGCUGGAGCACUUCACAUUCCGCAACCACAUCUGUAUGACCUUCGAGCUCCUCAGCAUGAACCUCUACGAGCUCAUCAAGAAGAACAAGUUUCAAGGCUUCAGCCUGCCACUUGUGCGCAAGUUUGCGCACUCCAUUCUCCAGUGUCUGGACUGUUUGCACAAGAAUCGGAUCAUCCACUGUGACCUCAAACCAGAGAAUAUCCUGCUCAAGCAGCAGGGUCGCAGUGGAAUUAAAGUGAUAGAUUUUGGCUCCAGCUGCUACGAACACCAGCGGGUCUACACCUACAUCCAGUCCCGAUUCUACCGUGCUCCAGAGGUCAUCCUGGGGUCACGCUACGGAAUGCCUAUUGACAUGUGGAGCUUGGGGUGUAUAUUAGCAGAACUGCUUACAGGGUAUCCCCUGUUGCCUGGGGAAGAUGAAGGGGACCAGCUAGCAUGUGUCAUUGAGCUGCUGGGUAUGCCGUCCCAGAAGCUUCUGGAUUCUUCCAAACGAGCCAAAAAUUUUGUAAGCUCUAAGGGUUAUCCCCGGUACUGUACCGUAACCACUUUGCCGGAUGGCUCCGUGGUGCUGAAUGGAGGGCGUUCGCGCCGGGGAAAGGUCCGUGGACCCCCAGGGAGCAAGGAGUGGACGGCAGCCCUCAAGGGCUGCGAUGACCCUCUGUUCUUGGACUUCCUGAAGCAGUGUCUGGAGUGGGACCCAGUGCUGCGCAUGACUCCCAGCCAGGCCCUGCGCCACCCCUGGCUAAGGAGGCGUUUGCCAAAGCCCCCCACGGGGGAUAAAGCUCCCAUGAAGCGGAUCCCAGAGAGCUCUGGGGCUGUUACUUCAGUCUCUAAAUUACCUCCACCCUUGAGCUCAGCAUCCAAACUGAGGACUAAUCUCACACAGAUGACUGAUGCCAAUGGUAAUAUCCAACAGAGGACAGUACUGCCAAAAUUAGUGAGCUGAACUUGCACAUACUUGGUCUAAUUUAUUGUUUUACUAAAGAAAUCUUGAUUUUUAAAUGAUGUCUGAAGGCAGGUAGGAGGGUGGACUGGGAGUUUCCCCAACUCUGGCCCAUUCGAAAGCUUGUGUGUGAAUGUUUGUAUUCAGUGUUUUUUAAAUUAAUAAUCUGUUUUUGCACUUGUUUGUUUGUAAACUAGGUAAAAGGGAACCAUGCUUUUAGGUUCUUAUCUCAGGACUGUGUGAAAUGUUGCAAGCUCUCGGCAUUCACACGCUCUGAUUUAACGUUUUGCGAAGGCUAAGUUGCUUUAAGUGCACUGGAUUGCCGAAACCUAACGUGGCCGUCUGUGAUGCGUCGACGUCGGAGGGGGGCUGUUCCCGAGAACGUUUCACUUCCUCAUUUCUGUAAUAGUUAAAUGGUAUUUUUUACAACCUAUGGAGAGAAAAAAAAUUGCAUAUUUGUAGCAGCUGGUUUUAAUAUUUGUGCCUCAUCAAUAUAAAUGUUGCAGAAUGACCUUAUGCUCAGAAGUGAUUCUUAUUAACCAGUUCACACAGUAAACACAGAUUGAAAUGAAACGGCAGCAGGGGAAUGCGGUUGUGUUAUGAGAAAAGAAUCACGCAAAACCUGUUAUCAAGGUUCUCAUGUGGAUUUGGUAUGUGCCUGGAAUUCUCGUGACCUUCCUUACUGACGGGGAGCAGGUAAAGAUGAGACAGCAGAAGUGCACAUCUACAACCACAUCUGAAGGCGGUGUGCAACCAUGUAGUUCAAAUGAAGGCUGGCGAAUUGUGUAUUAUUGAACUUUUUUGCUCAGGUCUCCUCCCCAGUGCCUGAUCAGUAUCUGGGCUGCUCCAAAUGAUGAAACUUUUCUCUAGAAACGUCUACUCUGGUGCUUCUUACAAAGUUACUUAUUUUUAUUGUUUAAAAUAUAAAACCUAAAAGUGGCUUUCAGAUCUACUCUAGUAUAAUCGCUUACAUACGGCUUGAGGUUCAUCCAGAAUUUUAUUGACUUCUACUGAUAUGAUGACUUUUGACUGUGCAACCAAACAGAAAUUCGUGUAAAUGCGUAUCUACUGUUUACCUGACGUUACAUAGAUGGAACUGAAGUGAUUUUGAGUUCCCCCUCAGGCUUUAUACGCACACGCUGGGUUGUUUCUCACUACUUAUGGAUGGAAAUGAUGGUAGGAGCAGUCACCUGAGGUUUGGCUGUAGCAUCUUUAGUAUUGUUCCAUAGAGCAAUACCCAGGGUGACCCCCCCCCCCCCC